AAACGUACCCCUCAAUCAACGAAUCUUAACAUGUCUUUUUAUUAUUAAUUUCCCGCCCAAAAGGCAAACGUAUCCCGCCAUCUUCUUCGCAAUGACCAAAGAACCCUCGUCCCCGACGAGCCACAGCCCAACUGUAUAGUGACAAGAAGGUCAUUUCGUACGUACGGCCUGUUUCAUUCCGCUUCGUCGUUGCUUAAUUUCGAAAUCAAUCCCCGUUAUCUUCCGAAAUUGCCCCCAGCUGCUCCGUCUCCCACGGCCCGUCCCAUGGCCGCUCUCUCCGCCGUUCACUCCCCUCCGUGGCCGAACCCCAGCCCUAGCACCGGCGUCGGCCCCGAUUCCGACUUCGUCAAUGGAUCCGACCACUCCGAUGAUCUCUCCGACACUCUGGACUCUCUCUCCUUGAUGCCUCACUCAGAAGACCGGACGUCUGAGCCUAAUCCGAACCCUAAUCCCGACGCUGACUCAUCAGCUAAUAGACCGAUCUACGUGCACCCGUCUUCGCCGCCGGCGGUCCCAGCGCCGGCGCCAGAGCUCCUCCACCUGUCGUUCAACCAGGACUAUGGAUGCUUCGCCGCGGGGACGGACCGCGGGUUUCGGAUCUACAACUGCGGCCCCUUCCGCGAGAUCUUCCGGCGGGACUUCGGUGGAGGCUCCGUCGGCGGCGGGAUUGGCGUCGUGGAGAUGCUCUUCCGGUGCAACAUACUGGCCCUGGUCGGGCGCGGCCCGAAUCCUCAGUACUCCCCCAAUAAGGUCAUGAUAUGGGACGACCACCAGUCCCGGUGCAUCGGCGAGCUCUCGUUCAGGUCGGAGGUGCGUUCGGUUCGGCUCCGGCGGGACAGAAUCGUCGUUGUCCUGGAGCAGAAAGUGUUCGUUUACAACUUCGCGGAUCUGAAACUGCUUCACCAGAUUGAGACGAUUGCGAAUCCAAAGGGCCUUUGCGUUGUCUCUCAGACAGCGGGGUCACUAGUGCUGGUGUGCCCAGGGCUGCAGAAGGGCCAGGUUAGAGUUGAGCACUAUGCGACGAAGAGAACGAAGUUCAUCAUGGCUCACGACUCGAGGAUCGCCUGCUUCUCGCUCUCUCAGGAUGGGAAGUUGCUGGCAACAGCUAGCACUAAGGGAACUCUGAUUAGGGUAUUCAAUGCCGUUGAUGGUACUCUGCUGCAAGAGGUCAGAAGGGGUGCAGAUAGAGCAGAAAUCUACAGUUUGGCCUUCUCCCCAACAGCUCAGUGGCUAGCUGUUUCAAGCGACAAAGGAACUGUCCAUGUGUUUGGUCUCAAGGUCAAUGCAGGAACCCCGGUCACUGAAGUGUCACAAAAUUCUUCGGAGCCUUCUCUUCCUCAUACAUCAUCUGGCUCAUCACUGUCCUUCAUUAAAGGAGUAUUGCCAAAGUAUUUUAGCUCAGAAUGGUCGGUUGCUAAGUUUCAUUUACCCGAGGGAUCGCAAUAUAUCGUUGCAUUUGGACACCAAAAGAACACAGUAGUCAUUCUCGGCAUGGAUGGGAGCUUCUAUCAGUGCCAGUACGACCCUUCCUCCGGUGGAGAGAUGACACAGCUAGAAUACCAUAACUUCCUGCAAGAAGCUCCCUGACGUUCCGGUGAAUUAUUACUAUUCUAUUUGUUUCCAGCCUACACGAAGUAAUUUUACCACUUUGUUUCCUACAUUAAGAUGGGCAUAUCUUCUAUUGUAAAUACUCGAGCAUUGUAUGUAAAGUUGUAUUGCUGAUGUUUAUAUAAAUGAGGAGAUUGGGAGAGAAAAAGCCUCUGUGUGCCCUCAUUUUUUGUUUUUCGCGUCAUAAUUUUCUUUCCAUCAAUAAAUUUAAAACUUAGUAUGUAUUUUGACCCAUUCGAUUUCAGAAGUA